AUGAGUCGUGUACAACGCUCUUUUGAAAACUUUGCUUUGCUACAGGCUGCCUCAGAGGGCUCUGCUACCGCAGUGCGCGAUGCACUCCAAUCUGGAGCUGACAUUAACGCGUCUGACAACUCUGGCAGAACUAUUCUGACAUGUGCUCUCACCGCCGAUAGGUGGGAGACCAUUGACGCGUCUGACGCGUCGUUUUUGUCUGAGGAUCGCCUUCAAGUCCUCCGCAUAGCUGUGUCGCAUCCAGAAAUCUCAUUAUUCACGCUGAAUGCUCCCCAAGACUCGAUAAACGACGUAACUCCUCUUGGCAUGGCAGCUUGGCUUGAUAUGCCCCAAGCAGUCCAAGUUCUUCUAGACUGCAGUUCAGGCUCUAUCUCCGUCGACGCCGAGGAUACGGAUGGUGCAACACCUCUGAUGUACGCGGCACGCGACGGCAGGUUGGCUAUCGUCCAGCACCUGCUUGCUCAUAAUGCCAGGCCUGAUCUCAGAGACCGAAAUCAUCGAUCUUCGCUCCAAUUCGCUUUACCCCAUCCGCGCGUCUUGUGGACAUGCGAACAGGCGCUACGCAACUACCGCUUGCGCGAAUAUCAGAACGGAAACAAGAGAGGUCUUUGCAACCCCAGCCUCGCUAUUAACCAUCUAUCACCGCAAACCUCCGCUCAGCUCAACUUCGCGCCAAGCAUCCCCCCUGCCACGACUUUUUCAUCUGAAUCUAUAUCUUUCAUCACCGACUCUGUUGUACAAGCUGUUCUCGCUGCCGAUCUUUCUGUGCUGUACCCCCUGUUGUUUACACAAUCCUUUGAACCUUCCCCAUUGGACCCCGGACCGAUUCUUGUAAAUGUACCCGAUCUGGAAGGAUGGAGCGCCAUUCACUACUGCGUAUCUGUACCAAAUCCAUCGAUUGAGAUUCUCGACGCCCUGUAUCGCGCUGGCGCCGACGUCAGCUUGUUCACUACCGGCGAGCACUACACGCCUCUCCAUUGUUUUGCACGCCUCGCACGCGCCUAUGAUGACAUUCCAGAAUCUCCACAGUUAUUGUAUCAAUUCGCUAUCCAUCUUAUCCGUGAUCUCCGCGCACCGCUCGCGGCGCCCGACAAGCAUGACGAAACUUGUAUUCAUGUAGCCGCCGAGCACGGCGAAUGUCUUGAUGUACUCCUCGCUCUUCUUGAUUGUGACACCACAGGCACCAUUCGCAAUCUGCGCAAUUCCCGAGGCCUCACAGCCUUCGAGGUCGCACGCCCAAUAUUCCGUUCCGCAUUUAGUCCUGAUGGACAGUUCAUCCGUCCAGAGUCGUCUCUCUCCGAUCGCACCAUAAGGCCAGGAACUUCGAGUUCUAUUACAUCUGUCACCUCUUUCACGGACCGCGCUACCCCGCUUUCCCCGCCCACGGUCCGCAUUUCCAAUGGCCCAGCCUCUCAUCUUCCUCUUGAUUUUGAUGCGACUGCAUCCACGGAACGCCUACUCGAAAACUUUACCCUGCUCUCGACCGAAGCUCAAUUUGUCCGUGACCAUGAAGGGUUGGAUCGCUUGGCCAGCGUGGUGAAUGAGACCUCGCAGUUAGGGCACGACGUGCUUGCCCACUUCAGAGGGCAGGUAGAUGAUGCAGCGAGUGACCUACGCGAUGUGCGGGCAGCUCUCAACGCUAUCGAUCAUUUGUGGAAUACCACUUCGCACGAUGUGGAAGAACACCUUCGCACACUUCCUGAUGGCCGGAGUCUCGAGCGCUUCCUGGAACGCAAACGCUCGCCUAGGGACUCUGAAGACUCACAAACCACUGCAGUAGAAGUUCAACCAAUUUACGUCAAGUCUAUCCUGAAGGAGACAGAACCCAAGGUGUACGCUGAUGCUUCUGUUCUCUCCGAUCCUUCGGCACCUGUGCCUCUUGAGACGACAUCUGCAUCCGGCGCACGCACUGUUCCUUGGCCCGAGUGGUUGGAUAGCUUCAUUCUCAGUGCAGACUCCACGACGUACAAAGCGCACCUCGCGAAUCUCAUUGAAAUCGAGCGCGAAUUGUUCUCCCGCGAGACGAUGAGCUCACUCGAAGAAAAAGUUCCCAACAAAGAGACCAAGCUUAAGAGCCUCCUACGCAGUCGCAAGCGCCACGAGAAAGUCGAGAAGAGCGGGGCGUCGAAACUCAAGGCCUGGCUGAAGAAGAAAAUUGUGGCGGAGAAACCCAUGAAACUGCAGAUUGUAUACGACCUAGACGGCGAAUGUGCAGUCGGGAGGGAGGUUAAGGUGGACUUUACGCAGCUCUCUAUCACGAUCUCGGAUUCAGAGAAGCCCUCAAGAGCCGCAUCGUUGUCUUCGCCUCCUUCAAGUGAUGAGUCUCACUCAUCCCAGGUGGUCCUCUCUGGUGCAAGUCGUGACUUGUCGAGUAUCGACGAGUGCCUUCAUGGAGUUGACCAUCUGAUUUCUACUGCCUGUCACUCAAUUUCCCGUGCUGAGCGCAUCAUCAAGCGCGCCAUUAAAACGCGCGAAGCCAUGGUUCAAAAUCUCCGUUCGCGGUACCCUCCUGUCUACAACCCCAUCUUUGCAUUCUCCCUUGCCCCCUCUGCAUAUCCCGAUAACUGCUCGCGCUCUUUCUACCUCUCUCCCGACAGCGCCGCCUCCUCGCGAUGCUCUUCCGCCCAGUCCUCGAAUAUAUCCCUAGCCGCCACCAUACACGACGAUGAAGACGAAGACUCACGAGCAUUGCGCAGGCUCCUCCUGCGAAAAAUCAGCGCACGCAUCGAUGGCGCUUUUGACGAGAUCGACCGCGCAAACGUAUGGUUACGAAUCGUCAAGAGUGUGCUGCGCGACCUCAAAAUGCGGACGACGGCAUAG